AUGGUUGCUGUCAGGACCCUGCUCUUCUUCUUCCUCUCCGUCGCCCUCCUGGCGGCGCACUCCUCUGCGGAGCGGACGGAGGAGGAGGUGAGGCAGCUGUACGAGGAGUGGCGGGCUAAGCACCGCAAGAUCUCCGGCGGGCUCGGGGAGGAGAGCCACCGAUUCGAGAUCUUCAGGGACAACCUCCGAUACAUCGACGAGCACAACCGGCCGGAGAACAACCACUCCUAUACGCUGGGGCUCACGCGCUUCGCCGACCUGACCAACGAGGAGUAUCGAUCCUUGUACCUCGGGGUGAAGCCCCCGCAGGCACGGCCCAGGAAGCUGAGUGACCGGUACCAGGUCGCCUACGGCGAGGAGCUGCCCGAUGCGGUUGACUGGAGGGAGAAGGGUGCCGUCCCUCCCAUCAAGGACCAGGGCAGCUGCGGUACCUCUCUCUACCUUUCUUCGCCCUUCCCUAAUCUUACGGUUUUCUCUCCACUUUUCCUCCGUCUGGUCUGAACUGAGCAGACAUUCGCUCGGGGCUCCGAUGGCCGCCGCCCCGCCGUUGACUUUAGUUAAUGACUGUCUUGUUCUCCCUUUUCGCCGUCGAUUUUCUAUUUAAUUAUGAUACUAAAUUUCCAGGAGUCCGAACUUUUUUUGUAUAAAUGAAAUUAUAGCGAGGAUUAGUCUCUUAGUCUAUGACAGCGAGGGAUCCUAGAACUUUCUUUCUCCUCCGUUUCAUCGCAGCCCUCGAGCUGAUGCGACCGACGUCUCUAAUUCGUGACCAUCUCCAGGUCCUCUCCCUUGAAGAACCGAAGUUGGCAAAAAAAAGGGAACCAAGGAUUGUCAGGUUUCUGUGUGCUUGCAGUUUAAAUCUGUGUCCCUUCGGGAAUUGAUCCCCGGUGUUACUGAUUCCGUUCCAUCUCCUCCCCUCCCAUUCCAGAGAUGCAUGAGACGGAUUUCUAAUUUGGAAAUGGGCAAUCUGUAAGGUUCGCUACCCGAGGACAGCUUCGGAUCUGGGAUUUUAAUUCUGAAACUCGGAAUGAAACUUUCUUGUGCCCAUUCUGAAUUAUCGACGUAUCAGAGCUGCUCUGGGAUUAUAAGUUUACGAUGUUUAAGUUCUGCGUUUUAAUCUACGAUGAUUCUUGGUGCUCAGUAUUGUCGCUGCCUUUUGGACCAUAUGUCGUUAAACUGUGGAGUCUGAACUGGAAUUCAUGUCUUCCGUUUUCGGAUUGAAGGGAGCUGCUGGGCCUUCUCCGCCAUCGGAGCAGUCGAAAGCAUAAACCAGAUCGUGACGGGCAAUCUGAUCGUCCUGUCCGAACAAGAGCUUGUGGACUGCGACACUACGUACAACGAAGGCUGCAAUGGGGGGCUUAUGGACUACGCAUUCGAGUUCAUCAUCGACAAUGGUGGCAUUGACACCGAGGAGGACUACCCCUACAAGGAGCGGGAUGGCCGGUGCGACAACGCCAGAGUAAUCAUCCUCGACCUUCUCAUUUCCCAGAUAUCUGUCUUGUUCUCUCCCUCGUCUCACAUCCCGCUUGCCUCCUGCAGAAGAAUUCCAAGGUUGUUACGAUAGACUCGUACGAGGACGUCUCAGUGAACGACGAAAAAGCUCUUCAGAAGGCUGUUGCUAACCAGCCAGUCAGCGUCGCGAUUGAAGCGGGUGGUCGUAGUUUCCAGCUCUAUCAAUCGGUAAAGCAGUCUUCUUCCCUUCUUCAAUGGGUUGCAGACCCAACCAUCAAUCGCUUAGUAUUUUGGCAGUUUUGAUGAUCGAGAAGGUUAUGAUCCGCUGGGUUCGAAUUCUCUCUCAGCUAGGUUUCAGAACGCAUAUCUCAGAAGAUUGAAACUAAGAUGUUUUCAAGCAUAGCAUUGUCAGUAUCAUUGGUAGCUUAAACGUCGCUGAAAACUUUUGAUAGCGACUAUUCAGCAGAGCGGUGGAAUCCAAAGCGUGGUGGAGGAAGUAUCCAGUGGUUUAUCUUAGAAUAGCAGCGUUUAUUUCAUGUAUUCGCGGGAAAUUUCAACCCUCUUCUUCUUCGUCAUCGUCGUCUUCUUCUUCUUCUUCUCCUUUCUCCUUCUCCUUCGUCUGCUCCUGCUUCUUUUCCUUCUUCGUCCACUGCUCCUCCCUCUUCUUAUUCCCCGCGGGCCAUUUUGAAUCAAGAUCAACCCCCGCUGAUAGUCUCUGCUGCUUCAAUUUCAGGGCAUCUUUGACGGGAAGUGCGGCACAGACCUCGACCACGGUGUCGUGGCCGUGGGCUACGGCACGGAGAAAGCCAAGGAUUUCUGGAUUGUAAGGAACUCUUGGGGCGAAAGCUGGGGAGAGGCCGGGUAUGUGAGGCUGGAGCGGAAUCUCCCCAGCUCCACCACCGGCAAGUGCGGGAUCGCGAUGGAGGCCUCGUACCCCGUGAAGCUGGGCGCAAAUCCUCCCAAACCCCCGCCGUCGCCGCCGUCCCCCGAGCCAGCGCCGCCCAGCCUCUGCGACAACUACUACUCCUGCCCCGCCAGCACCACCUGCUGCUGCAUCUACCCGUACGGCACGUACUGCUUCGCCUGGGGCUGCUGCCCCCUGGAGAACGCCGUCUGCUGCGACGACCACUACAGCUGCUGUCCCCACGACUUCCCAGUCUGCAACGUCGAGGAGGGGCUCUGCCUAGCUGUGAGUCCCAAGUCCCCUUCCCUCUCGAAAAGAACCCCCUUCUCGCUCUUUCUAACUGAGACGGCCGCCGCGGCGCACGGUGCAGGGAAAGAACAACCCGCUCGGGGUCAAGAUGCUGAAGCGGACGCCGGCGAGGACCACCGCGACAGCUGGAAGCGGGCGGAGCAGCGCGUGA